ACUUGUCAGAAUCUCAGUUGUCAGUUAGAACCAGAUAUGUCAGUUUGUUACAUCAUCACGUCCGCAGCAAACUGAUGAGCUGCCACCACUUCUUCUUCUGUCUGUCCUGACUCUCAUGGAUUCAGACCAGACGGGAAGGAGGUCCUUCGGUGUCAUGGACAAACAAAACAAGGAUGGAGAUUCUGACAGCAGAGAGUCUUAUGGGCUGAAGUAGCAGCUGUCAAUCACUGAAUGGUGAUCUCCGUGUCAGUCCACUGGAAAACUCCAAAACUGCUUUCCCCCUCCCCCUAGAUUUCAGAGUUAUUAAAGGCUGAGAAGAAAUCACCACCUCAUCGCACCAUAUGUAUUGACCCCCGAAACAUCAGGACCAACCUUUCCAUCCUAAAUAACACAGGGUGCACUAGCAGUACUGGGUGGAUUACGAGAUCCAAAGCUGUCCUGCCUGAAAACAUCAGUCAGUUGUCCAGUUGUCAGUUUAAGAGGCGAGAUCAUUUGCGUGAAAGCUUAGUCCCUGUUCCUGCCCCCGUCACUGCCGUGGCCUUGCCUCAGGAGGGACAACUGCAACCCAGCUUGCUGUCCUCAAAUCUUAUCAUCCUUGCACACCUGGUGGAAAAAUCUAAGAUGCUGCCCUUAUGUUCAGUCUCUUGUAUUGGAGAGCGGCUUAAAAAGCAAGAGAUACAUCCACACAUCCUGGGGGUGCAGGCAUGGAUGAAGCAGCAGUCCUGUGAGCUGUGGUGCACGCCACCAGUCAGACAGCUGUCUCCCCAAACAGGGCCGACCAAUAAAUGGUUCUUUGAGGAUUUGACAGACCUCCAGAGGAGACUGUUUUUAGGUGCCUCAAAGAAAUUUGGAAUCCUGAGCCACUCGCAGACGCUGGGGAAAGAUGCUCGCCACAACCCACCUGAAUCCACGUCUUCACCAAACAGUUAAAGACAGUCAAAGACACAGGAAAGAUAAAACCAAACUGAAAUCAGCAAAUACAGUUUGACUGUUUGUUUUUAUGUAGCAUUUGUUUGUGACUGACUGAUCAUUGUUGCAGUUCUUACAAAGACAAGAGUAAGAAUCACACAUUAUAACUUAUAUUCAUUUAGUUAGAGUGGUAGCAAUGUUCAAAAUCAAAUCAUAGACACACGGAUGCAGAAGAUGACAAACAGAUUAUGUCUGAAAAUGUUUUGUUUCUAACACACAUCCAAACAUAUUUUCCACUGUCUUUCUACACAUUUAAUCUGGGAUCUAAAAAUAUGAAAUAUCAAACAAGGCUUCAAAAUCAAGUUAAGGUAUAUGGGGAAUAAUAUGUGAUCGUCUGUGUGUGUGUGUGUGUGUGUUUGUGUGUGUUUUUACCAAAAGAGAAAAAAUAGAAACGUGUGAUUCAGAAGCUCUGAACUUAUCCUAAAAAUAUCGGAUCUAUGGAGACAUUUAAAGUACAAAUACAGGUUUUAUUUCAUCUAAAAUAUUAUGUCUGCUUUAUGCCCAAGAGAAUAAGUCAAACACCAUCUGCAAAAACAACAAACAUCACCUUUGUACUCAAUCACUUUAUCUCCACUUGUGUCACGCUGUGCAGUUGGCAGGAUUUGCCACUUGCCGACUCGCAGUCAAAGCCGUGAGCGAUGUAAUGACAGCUUUAAAACAGUUUGUCGUGCUGGAGGGAGAUCAAGCCGUACUGUCAUCCCGACCCUCAGCAUCCUGCGUGAUUCAUUCAUGUUCAUUUUGGUUGAUUUGAUUUCCCUGUUACUGUUUAGCGCUGAUGAAAUAAAACUCUUCAUUUUCUACUGGGACAGAGUUCAGAUGAAGUGUAUGGUUGGUGUGGUUGUGUAAGUGUGAGUUGUGGGUGUCGUUUGAGCUGAAAAUGAAACCGCUCUGACAGCAUCAUCGGCCAUUUAAUAUGUGAAAGUCGUUUUUAAAUUCUGCCAAACGACACACACUGGCUAGACUCUGAAAAUGAAUUAAUCGGAUAGAUUUUAAACGGCAGAGAAUUGAGAAAUUGGAACAUUUUGUCACAAUAAAGGCUAAUGAAAAGACACUUUGAGCUGGAAUAAAAAUUUUGGAUGUUAACAUGAUGUAGAAAUAAAAUAACUAAUUUUUCUAAUUAAGCUCCAGUCAAUCUGCAGGGCACUGAGUCCUGGGUAAUUACAGGUGAUGAUGUAGAUUUGGUUUAAAAGCUCCUGCUGGCUCAGUCUCUCUCUCACUCUCUUUCUCUCACAUAAAUGCACAUGAAGCAUUUAUGUGCCCGUCCCCUUCCCAGCUACGGUGGUCUAUAACUGUGCUUUCAUCUCAGACCUGCAGAGAACAGAAGAGCAGCCAAACAUUGACAACAAGGAGACUAAACCUUUCUUUACAGAGCAGAGUGAGGAACACCGCAAAACUACACACUACGCAGGAUGAUAGUGGACUCAGCAGCCAGUCACGGUCCAGACUGUGGGUCUGUAUGCAACGAGUCAGCAGCUCUGCAGGGCCAGGGGCCACCCAUGUUGGUCGACGCCUGGCUGGUGCCCACUUUCUUCGGCCUCAUCAUGCUGGUCGGCCUGGUCGGGAACUCGCUGGUCAUCCAUGUGGUCACCAAACACCAGCAGAUGAAGACCGUCACCAAUUUUUACAUAGUAAACCUGGCUACGACUGAUAUCCUGUUUCUAGUGUGCUGCGUCCCCUUCACCGCCACACUGUACCCACUGCCCAGCUGGAUCUUCGGAGAGUUUAUGUGCCGACUGGUGAACUACCUUCAGCAAGUGACUGCGCAGGCAACAUGUAUCACUCUGUCAGCCAUGAGUGUGGACCGCUGCUAUGUGACCGUCUACCCUCUGCAGUCGUUGCGACACCGCACCCCACGCAUGGCUGUGGCUAUUUCUGUGUCCAUCUGGAUCGGCUCCCUGCUUUUGUCGAUCCCUGUAGCCGUGUACCAGCAUCUGGAGGCCGGAUACUGGUUUGGCCCUCAGACGUACUGCAGCGAGGUCUUCCCCUCGGCCCACCUCCAGAGAGCCUUCAUCAUCUACAACUUCCUGGCCGUCUAUCUGCUGCCCUUGCUCACCAUCACUGCCUGUUAUGCCUUCAUGCUCAAGCGCAUGGGCCAGACCAGCGUGAAUCCCAUCGACAGUAGCUACCAACUUCAUGCUCAGGUAGAGCGGGCAGCAGCGGUGCGGGCGAGAGUCUCCCGUAUGGUGGUGGUGAUGGUGGCCCUGUUCCUCAUCUGCUGGGGCCCCAUUCAGGUCUGCAUUCUCCUGCAAGCAUUUGGCAUCCGCAGUUAUGUUCUCUACAAGCUGAAGAUUUGGGGUCACUGCAUGUCUUAUUCCAACUCCUCUGUCAACCCGCUGGUUUACGCCUUCAUGGGCAACAACUUCAGAAAGGCCUUCAAGCAAGCCUUUCCCGAUGUGUUUCUGUGGCGUACACGGCAGAGAGUCAGGGUCGGGAACAUAGACAUGGAGGAAGGGAGAGAGAUGGAUCAUCAGACUCCCAAAGGAGAAGCAGAGAUGCACUUUCUUUCAUCUGGAUCCUAAAGGCCACGCUGGGCAUUCGGACACUGUAGACUCAUUGUUUAUUUAUAGUUUGUUCUGGAGAUGAGAGCAGUCUGCUCAGCCUUGUACAUGUGUGCGUGUGAACGUGCACACACACACACACACACACACACAGAAAUAUACACAGAUUACACACAAUAGACACAGAAAAAAGGAACAUUUCAGAUAAAAAUUGCCUGACAGAUAGUUCCAACUAGACAAUCGUGGCACAAUGUGGGCUCAAUAUAGAAAGUACUGUACAAAGGACAGCAGUAUGUGACAGGUUUUAACACAUACACACACAUACACACUCACACACAGAUGCCUACCAUGUGAUCUGUUAAAAAGGACACACCAGUCUGGUGCCUCUCGUGACUUUCACAAGCUGCUGAAAUACAAUUAUCUUUGUCACAUUUUUUAGCUUAGCUGGACUGAUGCAAUCAGUGUUACUGGAUGUCAAAAUGUUGAGCUCCUGAUCUUCAUAUCAGCAUUUUUCAAGGUGGUAAAGUAAAUUGUUUAGGCAAUAUUGCAUCUUGAUUGUCGGUGACUGCAUCUUUUAUGGACAGCAAUCCUGUUGGACAUAGUUAUCUAAGUGUUAGUUAAGCUCUUUCUUCAAAAGAAGACAAGUAUCCACAUUUAGUAACAGUGUAAUUUUACAUUAAAUGGACAUUAUUGGUGUGCAUUAUUGUAGCCUAAACUACAAUUUGAAUUUAUGUUACCUCAUUACACAGCUAACCAGUCAGUUUUGUGACUGCUUUUCAAUGUUAUCUCUUUUGUCUUUAUUUCUUUAUGUUCUACAGCUACAUGGUCGCUCUAGUAAAUAGUAGCUACAGCAGCCCUCAUGAACAGCUAUUCAUUUGCCAUACAGGCAUUCACAGAUGUGUUACACAUGGAGCAAAAGCUUGUACACACACACACACACAC